AUGGGUAUUCCUAAGUUUUUCAGAUAUAUCUCAGAAAGAUGGCCUAUGAUUUUACAAUUGAUUGAAGGUAAUCAAAUUCCAGAAUUUGAUAAUCUAUAUCUAGAUAUGAACUCAAUCUUACAUACAUGCACGCAUUCAAAUGAUGAUUCUAGUGAUAUUACGAAAAGAUUAAGUGAGGAAGAAGUUUUUGCAAAGAUUUUCACUUAUAUUGAUCAUUUAUUCAUGACAAUUAAACCAAAACAAACAUUUUAUAUGGCCAUUGAUGGUGUUGCUCCAAGAGCUAAAAUGAAUCAGCAAAGAGCAAGAAGAUUUAGAACUGCCAUGGACGCUGAAAAGGCUUUGCAAAAGGCAAUCGAAGAAGGCACAGAAAUACCUAAAGGUGAACCAUUUGACUCCAAUUCUAUUACCCCUGGUACUGAGUUUAUGGCUAAAUUAACAAAGAACUUGAAAUAUUUUAUUCAUGACAAAAUAUCGAAUGAUUCAAAUUGGAGAAAUGUUGAAAUUGUCUUCUCUGGUCAUGAAGUACCGGGUGAAGGUGAACAUAAAAUUAUGGAUUAUAUUAGAACAAUUAGAUCUCAAGAAGGUUACAACCCAAAUACAAGACAUUGUAUAUAUGGUUUAGAUGCCGAUUUAAUCAUUUUAGGUUUAUCAACACAUGCUCCACAUUUUGCCCUAUUGAGAGAAGAGGUUAAAUUUGGUAGAAGAAGUGGUCAAACUCCAGCAUUAGAAAAUCAAAAUUUCUUUUUAUUACAUCUUUCAUUAUUAAGAGAGUAUUUGGAACUAGAAUUUGAAAAUAUAGCAGAUGAAUUGCAAUUUGAAUACAAUUUUGAAAGAGUCUUAGAUGAUUUUAUUCUAAUUUUAUUUGUUAUUGGUAACGAUUUCUUACCAAAUUUACCAGAUUUACAUUUAAACAAAGGUGCUUUCCCUGUAUUAUUGCAAACAUUUAAAGAAGCAUUAUUACAUUUAGAUGGUUAUAUUAACGAAUUUGGCAAAAUCAAUUUGCAAAGAUUAAAAAUUUGGUUAGAAUAUUUGACUCAAUUUGAACUAAUGAAUUUUGAACAAAAAGAUAUCGAUGUUGACUGGUUUAAUCAACAACUAGAAAACAUUUCAAUUGAAGGGGAAAGAAAGAGAGCUAGAAUUGGUAAAAAAUUAAUACUAAAACAACAAAAAAAAAUAAUUGGCAUGAUAAAGCCUUGGAUCUUGAAAGAAAUGCAAUUAAAAUUUGCUCCUGAUAUUGCUGAUGAGGAAAUUCCUAGCUUAUCAUUAAAUUCCUCUAUUGUAUUACAUGAUUUAGACUCAGAUUCGGAAGAAGAUUCAGAGAAUGCUAACACAAAAAAUAUCUAUAAGGAAAAACAAAAUGAAGUUAUUAACCAAAAUAUAGAUUUCUUGAAAAAGGCAGCUUUUGACUUGGGUUUAAUUGUUGUUCAUUCAAACUCUACUGAUACUUAUUCUUUGCGUAUUGACGUUGAUGCAAUAAAUCCAAAUGAAACCGAAGAGGAGCAUGAAGAGCGUUUGCAAUCUAUUAGAAGAAUGUUGAAGACCUAUCAAUCUUCCAUUCUAGUCGAUGACCAAAGUGAAUUAGAUCGUGAACAACAAGUGUAUGAAGACAGAUUUAAAAAAUGGAAAAAUGAAUACUACAAAGAUAAAUUACAAUUCACUACUAAUACUGAUGAAGGUAAACAACAAUUAAAAAAGUUGAGUUGCGAUUAUGUGGAGGGUUUACAAUGGGUAUUAUUUUAUUAUUAUAAAGGUUGUCAAUCUUGGAGUUGGUAUUAUCCACAUCAUUACUCGCCAAGAAUUUCAGAUUUAAUUUUAGGUUUACAUCAAGUAAUUGACUUUGAAAAAAGUGUACCAUUCACUCCAUUUCAACAAUUGAUGGCUGUCUUACCAGAAAGAUCAAAAAAUUUAAUUCCAGUUUGCUUGAGACCAUUGAUGUACGAAGAGAAUUCUAAAAUCAUCGAUUUUUAUCCUCAUGAAGUAAAAUUAGAUAAAAAUGGUAAAACUGCCGAAUGGGAAGCUGUUGUUCUAUUAUCCUUUAUAGAUGAAAAAAGAUUGAUUGAUGCCAUGGAGCCUUACUUAUCCAAAUUAUCUCCAGAAGAAAAGAUUCGUAAUUCCUUUGGUAGAAAUUUGACGUUUACUUUUAAUCCACAAAUUGAUGAAGUUUAUAAAUCACCUUUAUCAGGUAUAUUUAAAGAUUUAGAACACAAUCACUGUGUCGAAAAAGAACAUAAAACUGUUUCUAUGGAUGGGAAAGAUUAUGUUUAUGGGUUAUUACCUGACGCAAAAUUUGGUCAGGAUUUAUUAGCAGGCUUCCCAACUUUAGCUACAAUUCCUUUUGAUUAUAAACUUGAAUAUAAUGAAAGUAUGGUUUUUCAACAGGCUUCUAGACAACAAUCAAUGGUAUUGAGUGUGAAUAAUAUUUACAAAGAAACUAAUUUAUCAUUAUCUGAUAUUUCUAAAAGAUAUUUAGGUAAGGUAAUCUACACAAGAUGGCCAUAUUUGAGAGAAUCUAAAUUGCUUGCUAUUAGCGAUGGUAAGACUAUUUAUGAAUCUGAUGAAAGAGUUUCUUUGGUAAACGUUAACCCUCUUGACCAUUAUUUGUCUUCAUUCACGAAAAAUAUCAAAAUAUCCAGUAGACCAAUGAAGGAUACAGAAAAAAAACAAUUUAAUUCUCUCCAAACUUCAUUAGCUAGAAAAUAUUUAAAACAACAGGCUGUUAAUAUUGGAGAACUAACUGCCAUUAUUGAAGUAUUACCAGUUACUGGUUUAGUAAGAAAUCAAGAGGGUGCAUAUGUUAAAACAUAUUCUAGCACCUCUGAAUACUUUCCACUUCAAUUAAUGGUCCGGGACAUUCAAAAUAAGGAUGAAAGAUAUGCUGAAAAGCCACCUCAGCCUAUUGAAGAGGAGUUUCCACGAGGAUCGGAAGUUAUAUUUUUAGGUGAUUAUGCUUACGGUGGGAAAGCCAUUAUUGACGACUAUAGUAGUAAGACAAGAUUAAAAUUAACUGUUGAGAAGAAAUUAAGUAAAUUUGAACCUCAUAUUGGUAAGGAAAGAUUAAAACUCGAUAAUGAACAAAUUAAAUAUUAUCCAUCAUAUGUUAUUUCUAAAAAACUUAAUUUGCAUCCAUUAUUCCUGUCUAAAAUCUUAUCGAAGUUUUUAAUUGCAGGCAUUGAUGGGAAACAUAUAAAUGUUGGUAUUCCAAUUAAGUUUGAAAGUCGCCAUGAAAAAGUGUUAGGUUAUGCAAGAAGAAAUCCAAAAGGUUGGGAAUUCUCCAAUAUUGCAGUUUCGUUAUUAGAACACUAUAGGGAUACCUUUAAAGAAUUUUUUGCUAAGUUAUCUAAGAACAAGGAUAAUAUCCCAUCUAUUGAAAGUUUAUUCCCAAAUUAUUCACCUAAGCAAUGCAACGAUCUAGUUUCGAAUAUUACUGAGUUUUUGAAAACUUUUACUGCAAAUUUUGUUAAAGUGUCCAUUGAAAGUGACUCACUAACCAAAGUAUCUAUUUCUGCAGUAGAAGAUUAUGUUGAACGGUAUUCAAAACAAGAACCAAAACCAGAACAGAAGCAUCUAGCAAAAGUUCCGCGUGAUGCAAUUUUAGAUCCAAAAACAUCCUUUUCUUUAUUGCGUACGCAGAAAUUUUCCCUAGGUGACCGUGUUGUAUACAUUCAAGACUCAGGUAAAGUUCCAUUGUUUUCAAAGGGUACUGUUGUUGGGUAUACCACUCUGGGCUCUACAAUUUCUGUUCAAGUUUUAUUUGACCAUGAAAUCGUUGCCGGUAAUAAAUUUGGUGGCAGAUUAAGAACUAAUCGUGGGCUGGGUUUGGAUGCUUCAUUUUUGUUAAACAUCACAGAUAGACAAUUUAUCUAUCACUCAAAGGCCUCCAAGAAAGUUAAUGAGGACCACAAGCAGGCUAACUCUAAAAGCAUCACUAAUCAGAUGUUACAAGAAAAGGUUACAGAAAUGAAAACCAAGAAGGCUAAAAAUUUGUUGAACCAUAUUAAGAAAGGUGGAAAGCAAGCUGAUAACAAAGAUAUUGAAGAAGAGGAGAGCUUUCAAGAGAAGAUAACUGCUCCUCAACCAAAAACAAUUUCUUACAGAGCUUUAAUAAACAAUGAAGUUGAUGCUACUUCCAUAAUAGAUUCUUCUACUAGAAAUGAAAAACUACCAAAAGAUAUCACUGCUAAUAAUGUUUAUAGCGCGGUUUUAAAUCAGAUCCGCACCGAUGGCUAUUCUGCUGAGCAAGAUGCUGGCCCUAUUAGUACACAAAUAAAUCAGAAUGGUCUUCCAUACCAAUUGCCUCCUGGUAUGGCACCACACGCUCAAAUGCUACCGGGCAAUUUUCACGCUCAUCCCAUGCCUCCUCCUCCCCCUGGGUUUCCUGGAGUUCUCCCACCAAUUAAUAUGCAAGGUAUCCCACAUUUUCCUCCACCAAAUAUGAUGUUUAAUGCAAACCAUCUUAACGGUGGGGUUGACGAAAAGGGAAGUGCUGAAUUGAAAGAAUUUAUUAAGGGUAAUAAUAAUAAUAGUAAUCGGGUCACCAGUAAAAAAACAAAGAUACUGAAAAGACCUGAAAAUAGCAAAACUACUACUAAAGAAAAAUACCCGUAUCUACAGAUAAGCAAUCACACAAUAAGAAGGGCGUAA